GAAAAACAAACGAGGGGCUGAUAAUUCCGGGGGGCUAAUAAUUCUGACUGUAUGUCAGCACUUUCUAGAAAUCAGUAUCCGUUUCUAUCCAUUGAAUAAAAAACAUAUCACUUGACCACUAACAGAAACAUUAUCAGCAUAUUCCCCUGAGAAACGUCCCAUCCGUGUAUGUGAUACAACUCUAUCCUCUUCCAGAAUCAAUGACAGGAGGAGGAUGAGUGAAUGAGAGAGAGAGAAAGAGAGAGAGACUGUCUCAUUCGCUGGCGAUCUUUCUAAUUGGAUCAAGCGCAGACUUGCCCGACUCACUGCUUUGUGUUCAUAGUGUGAGAGGAGAGAGGCACCAGACAGAGCGAGAGACAGAACGUAUGUGUUGGUGUGAUGGAUCAGGAGAGGGAGAAAGAGGAGGGGUGAAAGAAGGGGUGUGUGUGUGUGUGUCUCUUCACUUCUGUCUACUCGUCCUUCCGUGUUGUUCUGCGUGCAAGUCUUUAACGAGGAUCCCGUGCCUCGAUCGGACCCACACCUGCUGCUUUCGGGUGAUUCAGCCGUUUUUGAGAGAGCAUGAACCGCAGCCCAGGCGCGGCAGCCCCCUCCUCCAACCCUGCCCCCAGGUGAGUGCUGCACUCUCUCCGGGACUCUCUGAGGCGGGAUCCACCCUCAGCCGGCCUUAAGCAUCCGGAGCAUAUGCCUUAUUUAUAGACCUGCUGCCUGUGUUUUUCUUCCUGCUUCUUUGGAGAGACCUGGGCGACAGAAAUUAGAGGCACGGAAGUCUUCUUCUUCUUCCUCUUUAGUAACGAGGUUAGUGAGUGGAGUGUCGUGUCCGAGCCCCUUCCCCCUCGCUGCUGAUCUGAUAAUGGAAAGAAGACUUUAUGAGGCAGCGUGUCGGCCGGCGCUGCUGCAGCACUAGAGCGAGGUCUGCACAGCUGCUGACGAGAGAGAGAACCAGAGGAGAUGAAGUCGGAGGCGGCGGAGGACAUCUCAGCCGGACUCGCAUCUCAAGAGACUCCUUCUGAUGCCUUGUCUGAGGUCGCCACCAAAGAAACGCCCGAGGAAGCAGGAGAGAACGUGCCGGGGGACGGUGACAGCUCCGAGCGGGGUCCUCUGGGAUGCGUGCCUUUGCCUGCAGUCGCAUGCUGCUGUGUGUGCCUCGAGCUGGAGCGGGUAAAUAACUGCGUCCGCUCUGAAAAAAUCUGCAUCCUGCCCAUCUUGGCCUGUUUGCUGAGUCUGGCCCUCUGCACCGCUGGCCUCAAGUGGGUCUUUGUGGACAAAAUCUUUGAAUACGAGCCACCGACCCAUCUCGAUUUAAAGCGUAUAGGACAGGAUCCUAUAAUAAAUUCAGACUUCACUCAGAAUCCUGUAUCAGUUUCACCUUCCUCAGUCACUCUAUCUGUCCCAGGACAGCCCAAGGUCUUUGUGGAGGGGGACACCACAGCUGGACCUUUUGAGGUGCCUCCGUCUAAAGUGGCUGGUUUCACACCCACUGCAGCAGUGACAGUUCACCCAAACUCUGUGUCUCCACCCAGCCCCAAGAGCACCUUUAGACCUGUCCAGAAUGACACUGCUAACCAGUUACCAACUCUGGAAUCUAAUGAAAUUAUUCCAAAGACCUCAGCCACCAGCACCACUCCCUCGGCCAAGACAUCCAGUCACGUGACGCCCUGCAAUGAGAGCGAGAAGGAAUACUGUGUAAACCAUGGCAAGUGCUUCACGCUGGAGGUCACACCAGGCAACAUCAGGCGCCUCUGCAGGUGCCCUCCAGGAUUCACAGGGAACCGCUGUCAAAACAGAGACCCUGUGCGAGUCGUAGACCACAAACAAGCUGAGGAGCUCUAUCAGAAACGCGUUUUGACUAUAACAGGCAUCUGCAUCGCUCUUCUAGUUGUUGGCAUCAUGUGUGUGGUGGCUUACUGCAAAACAAAGAAACAACGGAAAAAGCUACAUGAUCGUUUGCGGCAGAGUUUACGAGAGCGAAACGCUGCAGCCAAAGGCCCUCAACACCCUCACCCUCCACCGGAAAACCUGCAGCUGGUCAAUCAUUACAUGCCGACGAAUCCUGUCCCAGCUCAUAUGACAGACAAAGAAGCGGAAACAUCACUCUCCACAAAUGAGUUCACAUCACCAACACAUCCGUCCACAGCCAUCACUCACUCAUCUAGCCAAUGCUGGAGUAAUGGCAAAGCAGAGAGUGUGGUUUCUGAUAGUCAUGCAGUCCUGAUGAAGCCAUCAGCUGAGAACUGUCAGCACGGGACACCUAGUCACAGGGGCCGUCUGAACGCUACUGGAGGUGUCCAUCAGCUCAAUGAUUACCUAAAGAACUCCAGAGAAGCCCAGGGCUCCAACAGAGACUCUCCUUACAGCGAGAGGUAUGUUUCAGCCAUGACUACCCCGACCCGUCUGUCCCCUGUGGGGCUUCUCUCGCCGGUGACGCCGUCCUCUCCUCCCUCAGAGAUGUCAGCUCCUCUCUCCAGCCUGGCGACCUCCGUCCCAUCCAUGUUAACCAGUCCCUCUGGAGAAGAGGAGCGUCCUCUGCUGUUCCGGACACCACCAAUCCUGCGUGACAAAUCUGCUUCAACCCAAGGCCGUAAAUCAGGCCAUAAUCUCCGUAACUCCGCCCACUACAAUCACGGCCUGGACAUCCCCAGCCCUCCACCCAGCCCGCUGCAUAUAGAGGAGGAGAUUGAUUGUUUAGAGCAGUACAAAAGCACAUCUGUCCCGUCCUCCGCCCCGCACAGCCCCAGCGCCGCAAGAACUCAACCGAGUGGUCAAGCGGCGCCUGAGCAAGCGGUUAGUGGCAGUAACUCAGAGAGCAGCAGCUCAGAGAGCGAGACCGAGGAUGAACGGGUGGGCGAGGACACGCCGUUUCUGGGCUUACAGAACCCUCUGGCCGCUGGUUCGCUUGUUCUGGACGGGCUAGAGGGCAGCAGAACUAACCCCGCGCUGCACCUCUCACCGCAACACGAGCUGCAGAACAGACUAACAGCCGUCAUGGCCAACCAGGAUCCUAUAGCUGUGUGAAAAUGCAUCCAAGAAGAAAAACAAAUCACCACUAAACCUUUAUUUUCUAUAAUUAAGUAUUUGCGAAAGAAAAACGUCGACUUUUAUUUUAGCGAUGUAGUAAAAACAAAGACUUUUAUAACGUGUACAAUGUGUGUGUCAUGGAAAAAAAAGUGCCAUUCACAUGUAGCUGAGGUCACAGUAUUUCAAAUGGCAGAAAAAAUAUAAUAAAUGGUGCCUUUUAAUUUCAGAACUGCAUUAUGACACUGGGCCAUAUAUUCAUGACUUUAAAGCAACUAAAUAAAUUCUGUGACUGAGAGAUGAAGAAAAAAAAAUCCACCAGCACUCCAUGUCUGAAUUCUAGCGUUCGGAUUAAAGUGUAAAUGUGCGUCAGGAUCUUCUAACCUAGUGUUUUUCAGUCCUGAUAAUGGGAACCCACUUCAACAUUUUGCUUUAAUUCUGUCUUAUUUAACCCAUCGAUUCAUAUCAUCAGCUCCAUGAACUGAACUGUGUCUGAUAAGAGAGCUGUGGGUCGCCAGGACCAGGAUUGAAAACCUGGAGGUUUCUAUUUUUGCGUUAAUUAUUUGCGUUUUGAUUUCAAAUAUGUGAGGCUGCUGCAAACUGAAAACGAGACAAUUCAAAAAGCUCUAAACAUGCUACAAACACAUUCACAAUGUACAAUCAGCUAUUAAUCCAAUAUAAUCACGUUAUUCCGUUUGAUAUUAUACUGUAGGUGAAGCAGACGUUGAUGUUUUCUGAAUCAUGACUGAAUAUAUGGCUCACUAUGUCGAUCGGCUACUCGAGGGAAUUCUAGCACCACUUUUAUGAUAAUGACGUCAUUUUUAUUCCUUAUAUUUUAUUUUAUUUUAUUAGUUAUCGUCCAGAUCAUUUUUGUUUUAACGUUUGUCCUAUCCAUGUAGAAUGUUACAUUAUAUUCAAAGCGUUCCUUUGUGUCAUGUUUAUCAUGUGUGAUCAUUUAAAGAAAAACAAAUCA